ACCCGCUUCCCCAACUCCGUCUGGCUCCCGCCUUCGCCCGCUUCCGGUCGUCGUCGUCGUCGCCGCUGCUGCCGCUGCUGCUGCUGCUGAGGCUGCUGGCGGAGGCCGGAGGAUCGGGCGGCGGCGGCGGCGGCGGCUGAGAGGGCGGCGGCGGGAGCGGAGCGGGACGAGAGAACGAGAGGAAGCGAGCGAGGAGCGCGCAGAGCGCGCUUUUCCGUCCGCCUGAGGAGCCGAAGCAGCCCCGGCCCCGCCGCCGCCGCCUGCCCGCCGGACAAAGCCGAGAGCCCGCGCCCACAGCCAUGUCCUCGUCAGCCGGCAGCGGCCACCAGCCCAGCCAGAGCCGCGCCAUCCCCACCCGCACCGUGGCCAUCAGCGACGCCGCGCAGCUACCUCAUGACUAUUGCACCACGCCCGGGGGGACGCUCUUCUCCACCACACCGGGAGGAACUCGAAUCAUUUAUGACAGAAAGUUUCUGUUGGAUCGUCGCAAUUCUCCCAUGGCUCAGACCCCACCCUGCCAUCUGCCCAAUAUCCCAGGAGUCACUAGCCCUGGCACCUUAAUUGAAGACUCCAAAGUAGAAGUAAACAAUUUGAACAACUUGAACAAUCACGACAGGAAACAUGCAGUUGGGGAUGAUGCUCAGUUCGAGAUGGACAUCUGACUCCCCUGCAAGGAUUAGAAGAAAAGCAACACUGAUACUUGUGUGCACCUGAUUUGGCUAAUAGGAUCAACAGUGAAAAGACAGAAGAGGCAAUACCAGCAGUCCCCAUUACAGUCUCCACCUCCCCCUCUUCCUCUGGGUGCCAAAUGAUGGGAAGAUGAGCUUCAUCUGACCAUUUCUUCUCCCUGUCUCCUGUUCCCCUUCCCAGUUAAACAGGUUAGAUUGAAGGUUGUGUUUCUGUAGAGCUAAGCAGCCCUUAGAGGACAACAGUUCAACUCUGACUUUCCUAGUUGUUUUUUUAUUGAGAGCCACCCUCCUACCCUGUAAUUUUGUCCCACAUCGAAUCUCAACCUAUCAAGAACUGCCUGUCUGGGAAGGGAUACAGAGGUUUGGUGGGCCUAACACCAUUCAUGUUCCUUACCCUCUGUCUCUCCUCCCUCUAUCCCACCUAUGGUUCAGUGUUGCAAGAGUCUGGGCUUGGGAUCUUUACAACCAGCAGGAGGAAAUGAUAAAAAAGAGAGCUGCUUUCCCUUUUACCUUGAGGUAUUUGUCCCUCGGGACAGAGCACAGCUUGUGCAACUCUAGUAGCAUUACCUUGUGACACUGUUUUGAGGUCCACUCACUUUCUUUCCUCUGGGAGGAAUGUCUUCUGUCUUUGGUAUUAUAGUUCAUCUUCCUGUCCUUUUACUUAGUGCAUUUGUGCAGAUAUUUUUAACUCUGUACAUCAGAAGAGAGCCCGUGGUAACCAGUUUUGCUCUUCUUCUGCCACUCUUCCCUGCUUGCAUCUUGUUGCUGGCAGAGUCCUCUUGUACUUCAAGAAAGCGAAGUGAUUUUGUCUGCUCCUAAAGCAGGUCCAUACCAAGUAAUAGAAGCACUUUAGCCUCUACUUGGUGGGUAAAGCCUGAUCAUAGUAUUCUGUCAGAUAAUGCCUAAGAAUGACCUCUGAAGAACGUUGACCCAUUUGAGUACCCGGUCUCAGUUGUCAUUUUUAAGUCCAGUGAGCAUUGUGAUAGUUGUUCUUAGAUUGCAGUUCCUUAUGUUUUGAGUUUGAAGUUGAUUUUCAGAAUGUUCUUAGAAAAGAACUGCAUUUUUUCCUUUGUGGAUCUGCUUUGUUUGGCUGCUGGAAUAGAUAAGCAUGGGCUUAAAAAAUGUGUUCCUCCCAGUUUUCUUUCCUUUCCUGUUGUAUUCUGAAUUUCUCUCCCUACCUUCCUCACUUUCUUCCUCUCUCCUUCCUUUCCUUCCUUUUUCUCUACCAGGCCAUUUUUCAAAUUUACAUCAAAGAUACCUCAGGUGUUGGUAUCUGAGAAUAUCUGUCACUCCUCUUACCUGAGAAGUGACCUUUUAUUUUUAAGAUGACUACAGACCUAUUUUUAGAUAUGUUUUCAGUACAAUUUUGAACAGCAACUUUUUAAUUAAACAUCUUCCAGUGUUAGGAAGAUGAGAAAUGUUCAUAGGCGAGUCUGCUGUUCUAUGUCACCAUCUUUUGUCUCCCCUAGUCCCCCAGGAGCUCUUUCCUUUCCCCUCUAGUUUUGAGUGUGCAUGUUUGGAGUUUGUAGUGGGUGGUUUGUAAAACUGGACCAUUCUGCCUUGCUAUGGGUUGUUCAUGAAAGCCUCAUUCUUUUCUCUGACCCUUUAGCUUUUGCAUUCACCCUCCUUCCCACCUACCUCUCCUGGAACUAUUGAGCAGCAUAAUAAUCCCGGGAGAAUGAUUCCCCUCAUAGAAAGACUAAAGCAUCCAUCCCCUUAUAGUUAAGUAGCCACUGGUGUCCUGGGAAUUUCUGGUUAGAUUUGGUGCCCUGAACUUUUUUAUUAAGAAAUCAGAUCCCAGGGUGAGAGUAACAGCCAUUUGGCCAAGAAAGAAACCUGUUUUUCUUUUGAACUCUGAAAAGACCCUGUUUGUGAAUACAUUUUAGAAAGAAGAGAGAAAGGAUGUCUGCAGAACUUUGUUCUGUUUUCUGCUACAAAGAUGUGAAUAGUUCAGAGUGAAAACCUUUUGUGAUGGUUGAUGUCUCAGGAAUAAGCUGGAUCUCCAAUGUUUUGGGGAUGCUUUGAGUCUCAAAAAAAUUGAUAAUCAGAAAAGUAUUUUUUGUUUGUUUGUUUAAUGUAUCCCUGUUCUGUUUAAUUAAACUCCAAGUCUCAUUUUACAUAUUCUUGGAAAAACCUAAGUUGCGCUGUAAUUUACAUAAGAAGCAUGCUCAGGACCUCUCUGCACCCUGGGGAGCCUGAUUCUUUGGGAAUGAAGCUUUUCGUUCUUCAUACACUGGCCUUGGCAUCCUGUGGAAUUUGACCCAACUAGCAGCUAGUCAGUCCGUCAGUGAGCGGAAGAGUGAACUCUUCUUGAUCUUUAUUGCUAUGUGUGAAAACUUGGCUUCCUCACUAAUUGGUGGGGAAUGGAUUUAAAGCAUGAGCUUUAGUAGUAUCAAGAUGCCAUUUUCCUUUUUCUUGCCGUCUUGGGGAGCUUCUGCAUGUGACCCCCUAAUCAGAAGGCAUGUUUUUAGUAUUUCUUGGGAGUGUCAGCUGUAUAAUGCGGCAGCUGUUCAAUCCCUUACCCUUCUCUGCAAGGACUUCCUUAAGGCUUGGUGCAGUUCUUUCCCAGAGGCCACCACUACUAGACAGUCUCUGACCUCCAUAAGUUGGCAUUUAAAAAAUAAUUUCACAGGGCAUGAGAUAAACUUCAAUAGAUGAUACCUUUGUGUCAUGCCUCAUAGAAUUAUUUUUAGAACAAGCCAGAGUCCAUUGGGUGGUUUGCCUCUGCAUGUUUGGAGGGAACCUCACAGAUGAAACCCUUAAUGAAUGUGUCCUGGGUUUUUUAGAGGGAAGGAAUACUCUUACCACUUUGACUGAGACAGCUCUUAACAUCUUAGUUUCCAUUUGUAGUUUUCUUUUUACGAGGAAUCCAUGCUUCUAUACUUGUGGGGACAAUUGAUCUUAAUGAGAAGUGACUUUCCUUCAAAUUCCAACAGCAGACAUGCAUUGUCAUGGUUCUGCCUUCUUUAUAGUGUGGUUUAUUGAGUUCAGCAGUUCUCAUAUGCUGUUUAAAUAGGUACAGCAUUUUCAAGGGCACAGAUAGAGAGAAACUGACUUUCUAGGCGUUGGGCUUCCAAGCCAAGAGUUUUGUCCUUCCACCUGUAUUAGUUAUCUAUUGCUGUGUAACAAAUUACCCUAAAUUUAGUAUGUUAAAAUAGUAAACAUUAUGUGUCAGUUUCUGUGGGUUAAGAAUUUGGGAGUAGUUUAACAUGAUGGUUCUGGCCCAGGGUAUUAUGAAGUUACAGUCAAGAUGUGAGCAGGGGCUGCAGUCAGCUGGAGCUGGAGAAACUACUUCCAAGUUCUCUUUUUGUGGCCGUUGGCAGGAUGCCUCAGUUUCUUCCCAUGUGGGUCUCUGCAUAAGGCACCUGACUUCUCCCUGAGCAGCUGAUCCCAGAGAUCGUGGGGCAGGGCCAGGAGAAAGCUGCAGUGCCUUUUAAGACAUAGUCUUGGAAAGGACACACCAUCACUUCUUAUCCUAGUCUUUAGAAGGAAGCCACUAAGCUCAGCCUGCACUCAAGGAGAGAGGAAUUACACAUACCUCUACCCCAGUGGAGCAGUAGCAAAUAAUAUAUGGACAUAUCUUAAAAGCACCACACCCCAACUGAGGAUGAAAGUAGGUCAACAGGGAGGUAGGUUUAGUGUAGAUAGGCUGAAAGACAGAUGGCUAUCAAAAACAAUUCUCCAAGAUGUGCAUAACCAAACUGGGACAGAAGGCAGACUCCCCAAAGCUACCUGCUGGUUUUGAGAGGGUGGUAAGAAAUGGCAAUUCCUAGCAGUAGUAGAAAAUAAUAUGCCUAACUACCAACAGCUGAAGUAUGCUUAUUUGCACGUCCUAGACUUGGUGUCCGUAAGACUCAUUUACCACUUCUAUUUGCCUGUAGCUAGGAAUUAAUGAAAGGAACUGGGGCCUUCCAGCUGAGCCACUAAACCUGUCUUGUUUGGAAUGGGGAUUGUCCAGCAAAGGGUGCAAACAUGAAUUAGAUGUUAAGCUAUUGAGCUGAAGAAAAGAAAGCAGUUCACAUUUAGGUGAAAUAGAUGAUGUUAUCAGGAAGCCAGGUUCCCACCAGAGUGGGUGCUUGGUACCUGGUCUCUCCAGUCUCAACAGACUCAGGUCAGGUCUCUCACCCAGGAAGCAACCACUCAAUAAAAUAGGGAACAUCUAAGAAUGACAAAUGUCAGUGCUUGAUUGCUCCUCUAAAUCCAGUGCACAGGUUAACCCUGCAUGCCCGCCCAUCUCUUCCUGGGCUUCUUGAUGGCAAUGUGUUCUUAAAGAACUGGUCUUGUGUUCUCCCUGAAGACAAACUUAAGUUUUUCAGUUCAACACAUUCUAGUGAAUGGCUACUAUGUGUUUCUGGCACUCAUUCCUAACCAAGUCUUUUUUCUUUUCUUUUCUUUUCUUUUCUUUUCUUUUCUUUUCUUUCUUCUCUCUUUUUUUUUUUUUUUUUCCUGAGGCAACAGUUGCGCCCUGUUGCCCAGGCUGGAGUGCUGGAGUGCAGUGGUGUGGUCUCGGCUCACUGCAGCUUCUGCCUCCCAGGUUCGAGUGUUUCUCCUGCCUCAGCCUUCUGAGUAGCUGGGAUUACAGGCAUGUACCACCACGCCUGGCUAAUUUUUAAUUUUUGUAUUUUUAGUAGAGACGGGGUUUCAUCAUGUUUGCCAGGCUGGUCUUGAACUUCUGGCCUCAAGUGAUCCACCCACCUCAGCCUCCCAGAGUGCUGGAAUUAUAGGUGUGAGCCAUUGUACCCGGCCAAAUAUGCAAAUUCUUGUUUAGAUUUAUGCUCUGUCUCUUCCCAGCUUUUCCUUAUCUGUAGCCCUGCUUGCUUGAGAGUAUACUUGGAUAAGAAGUACUGCUAUUGAGGGAGCUAUAAGAAAAGGAUACUUCUUCCAGAAGUAAAUAACUCAUCUUUAGAGUACCCUUAAAUGAAUUUUGUUUUUCUUUCUUAUUUUGAGGUGGAUUGGUCUUCGCUUUUUUUGGGUUUCCAGCUCUUUGAGACUCUCAGACCUUAUCUUUCCAGCUCAAACACCAUUGGUUAAAUUCCCUCAUUCUCAUUAGAAUGCAGCCUGCUGAGUAUGUGGGUUUCACUGCCGGAGUCCGUCCAUUAGCCAGUAUACAUAGAGGGCCUGCUUCAAAUCAAGGCAACUGGUGAAGGGCUCAGCAUGUUGGCAGCAGUAUCCAAGAGAUUGAAUCUAUUUCCAUUUUCCUCAUCUAGAAUAACAGCUGCUUGAAGCCAGGGCUCUUAGCCCUUUGCAUUCCCCUUUAGAGAGGAAGCCACACUGCCUUUCUGUGUCUGGUUCAGAGCUCUUCCUUCUUGGCAUGUUUUCUGGACUACAUGCACAUGGGCAGCUAUUGAUUAAUCUGCAAAACCCAGUCACUUGCCUACCCAUAAUAUCUGGGAAGGCAUGGUAUUUGUUUUAAAGAAACGUUUCUUUGGGAGGGCAGUUUCUGUCUGGACUUUGAGGUGGACUUAGUUAUCCCUACAGUUCUUUUAACUCUCAGCUUUUAAUAAAAGAUGAAAUCAGAUAUUGAUGCAGUUGGGUCACAAUUCUUUAGGAUGCUUCUACCCCAGGGCUGCUUCCUGUUCCUAGUCAUGGUUUUCCAGUUUAGUAGUGGAGUUUCUUGAGGCUAACUUACAGAAAUUUCUAACUGAAAACUUUGAGAGUUAUUGAUACUUGUUUUUUCAGUUAAUCAUUUACAUCACCUUUCCUACUCUCUGGAAUUUAAAUUUAUUUCUCUAGGCUGGUCCUGGAAGUUGAUAACCUUUUGGCAAAGCUUAGAUUUAGGAGAAGGCUUAUGAGUCCCUGUCCAGAGGGUCUGUAGAUUCUCUUUGCUUAUGACUCUCUGCCUGCAGCCCUGGCAGACCAUACUGUAUGUCAUGGAUACCCAAUGGAAAUAUUACUGAGAUGAAACACAUUUCCCAGGGUAUUUAAACUCUCACUCUGCCACCUUUCUAAGGGUGGGAGGCUGGCAGAGAGAUGCUGCAAUGCUUGAUAAUCAUUUGGCCACACUGAAAUUUCCAAAGGGAGCUCUUGCCGGUGCUUAAAACCAAAACACCUGGACACUUAGAAAAUUCCAUGAAUCUAGCACAAAAUAUCCAUUCUUGCCCAAGUGUAUCCCCUUUCUCUCCAGCUUAAUCUUUUUUUUUAAAGCCCAGGCCAAGGGUACUUUUAACUGGAAACCAGGGGAGGAGGGAAGAACACUAGCAGGGAGCUAAGAGGCAGGUUGCUGGGUAAGCCAUCCUGCUCCUACCUGGUGCCUGUAUCUGAAUUGCUGAGUGCCGUGCGCCAGUGCCUUUCCCUCACCUGCAGAUGGAGCCCAUCUCUUUCCACCUGGGUGAGGAGACCCUCUGCUACUCCAGGGGUAAACCUUAAAGAAGGUGUCUUGAAGAGCCCAAAGGACACUCACAUGCUAAGGUGUCCGUUUUAUGCAUCUUUAAAAUAUUUUAUUUAAGAAAAAAAAUAGCCCUGCCCUGUCUUAGUGCCACUAAUGGCCCAGUUCCAUCCAUUCUGAAUGGAAAAGCAGAGACUGCCAGCACUUUCCUUGGUCUUCCCUUUGUCUCCCAUGAUGUGUUGUCCCCUCAUCCCUCCCAUCCAUUUCACUGUGUGUGGAUGGAUAGCAGAGGGUACCACGCAGUCCUUGAGGCAGUCCUGUGUGAUUCCAUGAUCAGUUGUUUUUGUAUUCUAACUAUCCUUCCAAACCAGCAGAUGUUUGGAAAUUAGGGAAAAAAUUAAAUUCUCAUCAAUGGUUGCUGUUAUAGUUAAAUCAAUAAAGAUCUUGAAUAUCAA